AUGUUUGGUCCCAGGUCCCCGACCUUAAUCUUUCUAGCACCCGUGACUCUGCCUGCAAAAACUAUUCCUGUCGACAACACAUAUCGUGAGGUUGUCGUACACCACAACAGGGAAUUCCAGCGCUAUGCUGUAGAAAAUGGCGUCUACUUCGCCCCAGUGGACGACGACGAAGUCGAGCGCCUCCAAUAUAUGCACGAGGUUUUCAACCUGAUGUUCGAUAAUAGACUGAUUUUCCCUCCGAUCCCACAUCCAAGGAGAAUUUUAGAAUGCGGCUCCGGAUCUGGUUCGUGGGCCUUGGAGGUUGCAGAGCAGCAUCCGGAAUGCGAGGUCAUCGGAAUCGACGUAUACCCGUACCCAACGGUGGACGGCCUCCCCCCUAACCUCGAUCUCCAAGUGGACGAUCUAAACAGUCCAUUCACCUUCGCCUCGAAUUAUUUCGACCUGGUGCACAGCAGAAUGAUGGCAGGCGGCAUCCAUGCGAACAGGUGGCAGAGCUAUAUGACCGACAUUCUGCGAGUUCUUCGUCCGGGAGGGUGGUGUCAGAUGGUGGAACUAUACGCCAACGUUCAGUCUGAUAAUGGGACCUUGACUGCGAACCACGCUCUCCAGGUGUGGUCCCAAAGCUAUAUGCAGAGCAUGCAGCCCUACAAGGAUCCCAGAGCGCCGCUGCGCCUGCAAAACUGGAUGACGCAAGCAGGAUUUGUCGAGGUCGAAUCGCGGCUAUUAACUCUGCCCCUGAGCGGGUGGUCUAACGAUCCACAAAGCAACGCUCUCGGAGAGGCGAAUCGUCCAAACGUCCACCGGCUCUUGUCAUCGCUUGCCGUGUACCCCUUUACACAGCGUCUUGGCAUGACGAUCGCCGACGUCCAGCUUCUAGUAGCGCAGGCCCGCAGCGAGGCUGAUAAUCCUAGUUUUAAGGUCAUCUGCUAA